AUGCCGAUUAAUAUUUAUGUCCCAAAAUUAGAACGCCAUGCAUCUUCUAUUGUGCAUAACGGGGUUCCCGUAUGGACCGCCGACGAAGGAGAGAGAUGUAUUUCUGCAGCUUCCUAUCUCAAGGGUGAAGAACCAUAUCUAAUGCACAUCUCAAAGAAUAAUGCCAGUAAUGAAAAGAGUAUGCAAUUUUAUGCAAGGGAUGCUGGCAAGUGGACUGAUAUAGAUCAUAGGGAAUUUAACAUGAGACAGGACGCCCUUAUAAAGACUAUUGCGGGAGCUAUAAAGUAG